AGCUAACUCGACUCUCUCAGACGGCUACCCUUACGACCAAUACGAUGUAUUAUUUAGCUAUCUAACGUUAGCUGCUAUGUGGCUAGAUCUAUAGUUACUGUUAUUGUAGCUGGCUGUCUGAUAGAUUGCUAGUCUAUGUAUUAUUAUCAGUCGCCACUGGUUAGUGAGCUAGGUAACAAGCGUGUUGUCAUUUGUGAACCCUUACGUUCCCGUUGUUUUCUUUGAAGUAUAGAAGAACAGUAACCAUUUUGCUUAAAACAAUGUGAUCAUUCUGCGUGGUCAAUGCCCGAGUUGUUGCUGGCGAGCUGACUAACAUUACCUGAAGCUAGGGCAAAGGGGAAAUGGUGUCAGACUGCACUACGCAGGACUCUGACGAGGAAUGUGUCCCAACCGUCAGUAAAGGCCGCACGAGGAAAAGAGCUUCAACGCAUGGAGACCACGAAGAGUUCAUGACUCCUGUCUGCCGGAAGCGCCGUGUGCGCUUUGGGAUGGAGAGAGACUACUCCCACACUAAUACAGCAGUAAGGAACAUCUUCACCCCGACUGUAUGCCUCCCGAUGUCAACAGUGGACAAUGGUGUGAAAUCCCCUGAGGAUGAACCAAUGAGUCCAGAACAGUGCAUUUUUGGUUAUGAGUCUUUAAGCCCUCUGGCAGACGAGGAAGAUGAUGACGAGGUGUUUAAUCCGUACUGCUUCAUCAAAAACAUUCAGUCUCGGUCUCAACAAUCGAAACCUCGUACCCGGGAUGUCCCGGUCAAGACCAGGACCACCCCGCAAGCCACACUUGUUUUGGACCUGGAUGAGACGCUAGUGUUCAGCUCUCUGAGCAUGAUUGAGAAUGCAGAACACACCUUCCACACCUAUUUUCAGGAUCAUGAGUACAAAGUCUUCAUGGUUCUGAGGCCUCAUGUUAAAGAGUUUUUGCAAAGCAUGUCAAAAAUCUUUGAAAUGUUUGUUUAUACUUCUGCCAAGAAAGAAUAUGCUGAGAAGAUCUUGGAGACGCUGGAUCCUCAGAAAAAGCUUUUUCGACAUCGUUUGUACCAGGAAGACUGUGCCUGUGUUUUUGGCCACUACAUCAAGGACCUGGAUGUGCUGGAAAGAGACCUGUCCAAAACAGUGGUUCUGGACAAUGCUCCCCACGCCUUUCCUUACCAUCUGAUGAAUAUGAUCCCCAUCAAGAGUUGGGCUGGAGACAGAGAAGACGAUGAACUGCAGAAGCUCAUUCCUUAUCUUGAGAAACUGUCCGAAACAGAGGAUUUCCGGCAGGUUCUGAGGCGGCGGAUGGAUCAUUUGCACAGACUGCUCUCUGAAGACUGAUAAGUGGCACAUGACUGAUAAUUUCAUUAUUGGCACUUAUCUAUCAAUCUGCUCAUGUAAAACAUACGAUAUUUCCAGUCUGUUCUGUGUUGCACUCGUCUUAAUGGUGUGAACUGUCAAUGGGAUUCAGGAAGAGUUGGCAUUACAUAUAGAAAAGGCAGAGACCCAGAUAUACUUACACUGUUUUCUGGAGGAACUGCCUGCUGAACAUUAUGUAAUUACAUGGUGUUAUUUUGUAUAUUUUGUUAGGGGUGAAAACCUGCAUUUUACAUAUUUCCUAUUUGUAUAACAUGAUAUUUGCCUAAGCAAUUCAGGUUAAGUACCUUUCUCAGUGGUACAAUGGCUGUGCCUCAGUUGGGAAUCAAACCUACAAUACAGCAGACUUAAUGUUUGUUUUUAUUUAUUUAUUUAUUUGAAAAGUCUGUGGACCUGGACCAAGGGGUCAAGAAUGCCCAUAACAAUAAGAGACUCUUGUUUACAAAUAUAGCUGCACUGCCCUGGAUCUUUGUAUUGCGUAGAAUAUAGUUCUCUCUGUUGCAUAGAAAACAUGGUGGCUCACAAGCCACAAAGUGCUGUAAUAUAAUGUACAUAUUUGUGUUGUCCUAACAGAAUUGACUAACUUGGUUUAUUAAUAUAUACAGUUUCUGUUUUAUUCAUUCAUGUCAUGUGGACUGAUCAUCUGACUUUACAUUCAAAAGUGAGUGCAAAGCUCCUGCCUCUCGCCCAGUGCAUUCUGGGAUAGGCUCUAGCACCGCCUGCGACCCUGACCAGGAAUAAGUGGGUAUAGAUAAUGGAUGGCUGAAGUAAGGCGGUUGCAUUUUUGAAGAGUGCUAAAAAUGUUUAGACUCUUUAACAACUGUCUCUCAGCAUGCAUUGUAUGUAUUUGCUUAAACAACAAGUUAUGCGUUGUUUUAUUCCUCAUUUAUGGUUGCUCAUUAAAAGUAUUUGCACUUUCUUGUUUUGUUAGAAUGUUGGAUAUUUGUUUUCAAUGGUUUGGGAACAUAGUUUUCAAAAUGAUUUAAAUGACUUGUAUGUAAGGAUAAAUGUUUACCUUCAACGUAGCAUUUGAGAAUCCAUGAACAAUGCCCUUAUUUUUUUCCAAUAGGAAAGUAAUCCCAUGAAUCUUUUAAAAUAAAAUUGACUGUAUGGGAGUCAUUGUACCAAUGAACUGUGAUUGAUUAGUUAAUUAAAUUUAAUGAUGUGAUUAUA